UAGGGUAAGAUACCCCACAAAUAUCAUGAAGAAGCAUGCUAAGAAUGCCUUGAGGAGGCCUGUCCCAAAUAUGGUUACCAAUGCUUAAUGUGGAAGCAUGAUGAGCCAUCCAAUCCGCACAAGCCUCACGAUAAACAUGUAAAACCUGAACCUGCCAGUCCCUAGCCAACAACUCCUUAAUACUAAGAACCAGUUUUGCGAAAUGGGAAGGAGGGGCCUGAGCUUGAGAGAUGAGGAAACAAGCAUGGGAAUCGUCCACUUCCGCCACCAACUUCCUGAUAUCAGUGUCCCAGCCAAUUGGAGACCCAAAAGAAGACCCCACAACUCAGCCAUCAAAAUAGAACAGCUCCCCAAAUUGCAAGCAAACUUUCUGACACAAGUACCAGAGUUAUCCCGAAUCAAACCACCAGCUGACGCCCGACGUGACUGCAUGGAGAAGGAACCGUCACUAUUCAGUUUGAAACAGCCUGCUGCCGGCGUGUUCCAACCAAUAUUACACCAAGCUCGAACACCAUCCGUCGGACUAUGCAAAUCAGACUUAGCUUCCACAAUAUCCUUAACAAACCUAUACACCACAGCAGCUGGACUAGGCAAAUCGUCAUUUAUUAUAACCCUUGAAAGUGAUUUUACUUUUUAUUUUAUUCACUAGAACUAUCUUCAGGUUUAGCAACUUCAGAAUUAGUACUUAACGAAUGAGACAACUUGCCUAUGUUUUAGAUGAAAAAGAAAUCUCCAACCUCUAGCGUCUUGGACGUGACGGGCCAGCUACGUUUCCAUUUGGAUCAUUAGUUCGUCUCCAUACCGUCAUUCUUCCACUUUGAUGUGAUUAGUGAUAGAAACUUCCUUAGUCAUUGGUGUGAGCCUCAUAAAUCUUAUCCAGCCACUCUCAAAAGAUUCACAUUCCAAGAUUCCCAGGAAACAGAAGGAUCAAUAUUUUCUCUAAGAAAGAGAGAAAUGAAUAAUGAUAAUGUGAGAGCAGGUGAAGUGGAGUAUAAUUUAAAUAUGGAACAAGCAGAGCCUAAUAGCGAGAGAUACGAGAAACCAUCAGAAGAAGAAGUAGAAAAACAAGGACAGUUAUCAGUAGAGCAGAUAUUUGAGAGCCAACGAGUGCCAUCAUGGAGGGAGCAACUAACGUGGAGGGCUUUUGGGGUGAGCUUUGUUUUAAGUAUAUUAUUCAGUUUUAUAGUUAUGAAGCUCAACCUUACAACAGGGAUUAUACCUUCACUCAAUGUCUCUGCUGGUCUCUUGGGAUUCUUCUUUGUGAGAACUUGGACAAAGAUUCUUGAGACAUCUGGUCUCCUGAAGCAGCCUUUUACAAGGCAAGAGAAUACUGUCAUUCAAACAUGUGUUGUCGCCUCCUCUGGCAUCGCCUUCAGUGGGGGUUUUGGGAGUUAUCUAUUUGGAAUGAGUGGGAUUGUUGCACAACAAUCAACAGAAGAUAAUGGAACAGAUAUCAAAGACCCAAAAUUAGGAUGGAUGAUUGGGUUUCUCUUUGUUGUUAGCUUUCUUGGCCUCUUCUCUGUAGUGCCUUUGCGAAAGAUUAUGAUCAUAGAUUUCAAGUUGACCUACCCAAGUGGUACUGCAACUGCUUAUCUCAUCAAUAGCUUCCACACCCCUGAAGGAGCCAAACUGGCUAAAAAACAAGUACGAGAGCUGGGCAAGUUCUUCUCCUUCAGCUUCUUGUGGGCUUUCUUUCAGUGGUUCUUCAAAGCCGAAGACGACUACUGUGGAUUUUCCAACUUCCCUACAUUUGGACUCAAAGCUAAAGAAAACAUGUUUUACUUUGAUUUCUCAGCAACCUACGUGGGAGUUGGAAUGAUUUGCCCAUAUGUCAUAAACAUAUCAGUGCUACUUGGAGGAAUUCUUUCUUGGGGUCUAAUGUGGCCUCUAAUUGAUAGUAGGAAAGGUGAUUGGUUUCCUGCGGAUCUAAGCCCAAAAAGCUUAAGUGGCCUUCAGGGUUACAAGGUGUUUAUUGCUAUUGCGUUGAUUCUUGGUGAUGGUCUAUACAACUUCUGCAAGGUGUUAAGCCAAACUCUAGCAAGCUUGUAUUUUCAAUUCUAUCCCAAAAGAAACAGACCAACAGAUCUUCCAGUUGCAGAUAGUCCACCUCUAAAGUUGCAAAAACUCUCUUACGAUGACCAGCGGCGAACCCAACUCUUUCUCAAAGAUCAAAUUCCAACAUGGUUUGCCAUAACGGGUUAUGUAACAAUUGCUGCUAUAUCUGCAGCUGUUCUCCCACACAUAUUUACCCAGCUCAAAUGGUACUACGUUAUAGUCAUCUAUGUAUUUGCACCAACCUUGGCUUUCUGUAAUGCAUAUGGAUGUGGACUAACAGACUGGUCCCUUGCAUCCACUUACGGUCAACUUGCUAUUUUCACCAUUGGAGCGUGGGCUGGAGCCUCCCACGGUGGAGUUUUAGCAGGCUUAGCAGCUUGUGGUGUUAUGAUGAACAUUGUGUCCACAGCUUCUGAUCUAAUGCAAGAUUUCAAGACUGGGUACCUAACCCUGGCUUCACCUAGGUCUAUGUUUGUAAGUCAAGUGAUUGGCACUGCUAUGGGUUGUGUAAUUUCUCCUUCUGUCUUUUGGCUAUUUGACAAGGCCUUUCAUGACCUGGGUCUACCUCAUAGUACCUAUCCAGUCCCCAACGCUGUUGUGUACCGUGGAAUGGCUAUUCUAGGCGUAGACGGGUUUUCAUCUCUACCGAAGAAUUGUCUUUUGCUCUGUUACUGCUUUUUUGCUGCUGCAAUUCUGAUAAACAUAAUUAAGGAUUUCUUGGGUAAGAAAUGGGGAAGGUUUAUUCCACUUCCAAUGGCAAUGGCUAUACCAUUUUAUUUAGGACCAUAUUUUGCCAUUGAUAUGUGUGUUGGCAGUUUGAUUUUGUUUAUUUGGGAAAAGAUUAACAAGGCCAAGGCAGAUGCUUUUGGACCAGCAGUAGCCUCUGGUUUAAUUUGUGGAGAUGGAAUUUGGGUUUUGCCUAGUUCAAUCUUGGCCCUUGCAGGGGUUAAAGCUCCUAUUUGUAUGAGGUUUUUCUCCAGAUCAACAAAUAAUAGGAUUGAUAAGUUCUUAGGACUUUAGUAAAUGAGGUUUAGUAUAUAAAAAUAUACUUGUAAAACAACUUUUCUCUGUAUGUUGCACAUUUCCUUCUUGUUUUCCGUUCUCUUAAUGUUGUAUAUGGAGCAUUUUAAUGAAAAUUGAAUGGUGCUUAGCUUGAAGCCUGUAAAUCGAUACACAAAUUUCCAAUCAA